AUGACUGUUCUAGGAUAUAAAACGCUUGCACUCUACGGCUCCAAAUUUCGAGGCUCCGAAACGGAGAAACGGCUGAAUACGGUAGGGAUGGCUAGCAAUAGAAAGACAAUCAUUGAAAUGCGGCGUGAAAUAAAAAGCUUGAACUCCGUGGGUCACAACGGAGGGGAGAAAGAGGAGGAAGAAAACAUGACAAUCCUGAACAGGAUUCGCCUUUCCCUUGUGCUCUCCUUUUGCAUUUGGUCUUUUCGAUUCCUCGCCUACGCCGUAAUUAUAGAAUAUCGCCUUCCGGUAUGGUGCUUCCUUGGCGUUGAAGUACUUCAUGGGCCAUCUUUCGCUUUAAUGUUUUCCUCCCUGCUCAUAGAAGUGGAACGCUUUGGCCAUCUUUACCAAGAAGUUGAAGUAAAGACGGAUUGCAAGAGUAAAGAGGUUGUCAACAGGUUUUCCAAAGAAGGCAGUUCUGUAGCUACGCUCCAGGGCCUUCUUUCUGGCAUUAUGUUUGGAAUAGCCUCUAGUCUCGGCACUUUGAUUGGCGGCUUCGUCGUUCAGUGGACCUCAGUUCUUUGGCUAUUCUACUUCACUUCUUGCUUCUGCUUUGCUUGUGCUCUUACGUUUAGCCUAUUUCAUUGGCUGAUCUGCCGGUUAAGUGCAGGUACUUUAACCUCCACUACUUAUCAUGAGGAUGAUGUCAAUCGGCAUCAAAUGGUGCCACUAACUACUUGUGACAUAUUGCGACCAACGACCACAACUGACUUGCAGGAUUAG